UCGAAAUCUCUAUUAAAACAUUUCGUUCCAAAAUUGUUUUUCCAGAGCAGCAGAGAGAUUGAAAAUGUCAGGAAGAGGGAAAGGAGGGAAGGGUUUGGGAAAGGGAGGAGCGAAGAGACACAGGAAGGUGUUGAGAGAUAAUAUUCAAGGUAUUACUAAACCAGCCAUUAGAAGAUUAGCAAGGAGAGGUGGUGUGAAGCGUAUCAGUGGUUUGAUUUAUGAAGAGACUCGUGGUGUUCUUAAGAUCUUCUUGGAGAAUGUGAUCCGUGAUGCUGUAACCUACACUGAACAUGCCCGAAGAAAGACUGUCACCGCUAUGGAUGUUGUCUAUGCUCUCAAGAGACAAGGAAGAACUCUUUACGGAUUUGGGGGUUAGGGUUUUUUUAAUGGGUAUUAUUAAUGUAAAAAGGAAGUUGGAAUUAAUUAGGGUUUAAUUGAAGCAAUUUCUAGCUGUUGGGUACUUCUUUUUUGUUUUUAAUUUCGUUUUGUUCGUUUUGUUGAUGAUGUAAUGGCGCUGUGAAAUUGAAUGAAAUAUCUGAAAAUUCAUCAUCUA